UGCUGCUGUUGCUGACGCUGCUGUUACUAAUGUUGCUGCUGCUGUUGGUGCUGCCUUGAAACGACGUCACACAUUCCUAACGUCGUCAAAAUGGUUUUAAGCACUGAAUGGUCUCAGGUGGAGGUAAUCGAUUUGGUAAAUGAUGGCAAUGGUUUGGGUUUUAUAUUGGUUGGUGGUCGCAGCACUGGCGUUGUCAUUAAGGCCUUAACACCGGGCGGCGUCUCCGAACGUGAUGGGCGUUUACAGUGUGGCGAUCAUCUAUUGCAAAUUGGCGAAGUUAAUUUGCGUGGCUUCAGUUCCGAACAAGUAGCAACGGUUCUUCGUCAGACUGGAGCUCAUGUUCGAUUGAUUGUGGCAAGACCGGUGGAACCGACCGCCACCGAUUAUCAAACGUUGGCUAGUCAUGCGCCAAUUAUUCCAACUAAGCUCCUCUCCGACCCGGAAGAACUGUCGCGUCAUCUAUUUCAAAAUCCCAGUUUUGCAACAAGUGCUACUAGCGUUGGUUUCUUACCAACGCCGGACACUGAGCUAGCUGAUUUGCCACUGCCACCGAUACCGACAGAGCUGUCGUCGACUGCAGCGCGUAUGUGCCCCAGAGACUUGGACAUUGUACCGUUUUCGAUUGUUUCACCACCGCCAUCAGCUCUCCCAUAUCUUUCAUCAUCGAAAAGUGCCGGCACACCUGCAAUGCAUACAAUGACAUCAUUAUCCCUAACCAUGGACCACAUUGAGACUGUGAUAGCUGGCAAUAUUGCUGGCAACCCUAAUGCAGCAAAUGAACUUGAUCGUUGUUCAUCAACAUCUUCCAAUUACAUGGAUUCACCAGAAACAGAAACGUAUGAAGUAAAGUUAUGUAAAAAUGUUUAUGGACUUGGCAUUACUGUGGCGGGUUAUGUAUGCGAGGAAGAAGAUCUCUCUGGCAUAUUUGUGAAGAGCAUAAUUGAAGGUAGUGCCGCCGAAAUGAGUGGGCAGAUACAAAUUAAUGAUCGUAUAGUUGCUGUUGAUGGUAAAACAUUAGCUGGUGUUACAAAUCAUCAAGCGGUUGAAAUCCUUCGCAAUACCGAUAUCGAAGUACAUUUAACGUUAGAACGUUUCUUACGCGGCCGUAAGUUUGAACAUCUACAAGUUGCCUUAACUGAAUUGAAGGGCGAUACUCAAUCGCAAGUAUCUCUACCUGCAUCACCAUCGAUAGCUACACUGUCAUGGCUACCACCAAAAUCUGAUGCCGAUUCCAUUGCCACUGAUGGCGGUACGGCGAUUUUGGAUUAUGGUGAACUGCCAUCUCGGGAUACGGUCGAGUCCAAUAUGUCGAGUAUGUUGGAUCGAAGUGAUCACAGCAAUGUUGGUAGUAAUAAAUUAUUAAAAACACCAACAACACCUGUUGCUAAUGGCAAUGCUACGCAUGUUAAUGGUAACGGCUUGGACAGUGGUAAUGACACUGAUGAAUAUCACCACGAAGUACCGCAUAAGCAACUUAUAAGGCAAUAUAGCACAACAAAGAUGGUAAAAAUUGAAAACGUAACUACCACUGUAUCCGUUACAAUGCCAACAUCUGGGGCAGCGAUGAAGACGAUGACGGCAAUUACUCCGAAAACCCCAACCUUGAGUCCCAGUGUUGAAUCACUUAAGGUGGCUUGGAAAAGUGAGUUUCCCGAAAGUGAAAUUAUUGUAGCCGAAAUAAAUAAACUUUCAGGUCUAGGAAUCAGCCUUGAGGGCACCGUGGACGUAGAGUGUGGCAUUGAGAAGCGUCCACAUCACUAUAUACGUUCCAUACUUGAAGACGGACCAGUGGGACGACAAGGUAUACUUAAACCCGGUGAUGAGCUAUUACAAGUGAAUGAAUACAAGUUACAAGGACUGAAACACAUCGAAGUUGUUAAGAUACUCAAAGAACUGCCAACACAUGUAAAACUGGUUUGUGCGCGCGGCCCAACAGCACCAUCAGUUAUAAAUACUUCACAAAAUCCAGAAGCAUUCGAAACGCGUAGUCUACUACCUGGAGGCCAUCAAAGUCUGCAAAACUUAUUGACAAAAGCGCAAUCGGAAAGUUCACUUUAUACAUCGAGCACUGCCACGUUGACCGAUCAGCAACGAUCUAAAUCAUUGGAAAAUGUAUCUGGGCUAGCGCUUUGGAGUUCUGAUGUUACAACAAUUGAAAUUGAAAAAACUGAACAGGGUUUUGGUUUCUCCAUAUUGGACUAUCAAGAUCCAUUAGAUCCCGAGGGAAGUGUUAUUGUGAUACGCGGACUUAUACGCGGUGGUUCUGCGGAAACAACUAAUGAAAUAUAUCCCGGCGAUCGUUUGGUUAGUGUUGGCGAGCAUAGUUUAAAUGGGCUAGAUUUGGAUGAAGCCGUUGCAAUACUUAAGGGCAUGCCUUUAGGAUUAACUAAAUUAGGCAUAUGUCGACCACUUUCAUCAUCAGAUAGCAAUAUAGCAUCACCUGUAGGAGAAGGCGAUUCGCCGAGCACAUAGCUUUUAAUGGAUUUCUAUUACUUCAUCGCUUUAUCUCGUAUAUAGUCUUGCUUCUAAAGAAAUCAACUAUAAUUAUUAAGCAUAUACCGGAACUGACAAAAUUGUACA